ACUUAAAACAGCCUCUUUGGCCGAACAUAGAUCGAAUGAAAAGUUUCUAAUGGAAAUAUCAAAAUAUAGAGGCGAUAAACACAAUAUCUAAACAUUCCUAGUCUUCAGUGUAAAAAGAAAUAUAAAUAAAUAAUAGAGAUGCCUUCAGAAUCAGAUAGUGAUGGAGAAUUAAAUGAAAGAGAAUCCAACAAGUGGAAAGCUAUUAUUAUACAGAAAUAUGAAAAUUUGUUGAAAAAACCUGAUCUCAAAAACGUUUUACAACCGGAAAAUGUAUCAAAUGCUUAUAAAACACUUGAUUUUUGGAGAAACAAUAAGGGGAAAAUGAUGACUCUUGAACUGUAUAAAGCAUAUGAAUAUGUUAUUACACAGUUAGAAAAAUGUUAUUACAAAACAAAAAAUUCAAAGAGAAAGUUAGCAGAUUGUUUCCCAAUUAAAACUGUGGCCGAGAUAGAUUCUUCCGAAGAUGAAGAAUAUGUGAUUAAUAAUGAUCCAAUUCCUUGGAGAAAACCAAAACUUAUUUUUGCUCCUGAAAAUCGGAAACCAUCAUCACAUGAACAGCAACGGCUGCAACGAGAUUAUACUCGUCAAGAACAUCAACAUGACAAUUAUACAGCAGCACUACAGCCAAGCACUUCGAAUAAUCAAGCACAAUCAGUGGUUAACGUCAAUAACUAUUAUUUUCCUAUGCAUCCAAUGAUGCCUCCAAUGUUUCAAAAUUUUCAAAAUCAGAAUUUCAUUGGUCCUAUUCAAAACCCCACUCAAGGAGGAUUUACCACUCCAUCCCAAAAUAUAAAUAAUUCUCAAGGAUCUUCGCAAAGUUUUGGACGCAAUGGACACAGUGGAGCUCCCUCAAACAAUUGGCGACCUAUGAACCAUAAUCAAAAUCGAAAUUUAAAAAAUCCCCAGGGAUGUUCUUACAAUUCUGGACGUAAUGGACAAAGUGGAGUUUCCUCAAACAAUAGGCGAGCUAUGAAUAAUAAUCAACCUCAUAGCUCCCGUGAUAUGCCAAGUUCAGCUUCAUCAGCAAAUACAUCUUCAAGAUCAAGAGAUCCAAGACUUCCGCACAAUCGUCUAUCCCAAUCAAAUUCUGAUUCACAAAAUUCAUUGAAUAAAGAUCAUCGUAAAAGAGAAAAAAAAGCAGAAGAAACAUUGAAACGUCCAGAUUUUAACAACAAUAAUAACAUAAAUCAUGAGGAUCCAGAUAAUCAGCAAAAAAGAUCUCGCUGGUCUUCAGAACAGAAUCGUUAUAAACGAAUUUCUCAUGAAACGAAAACUUUUUUCCAAAAUAAAAAAAUUAAAAUGAAUAGUGACAAUGGUUUACCGAUUUCCACUCAACCCAUUUCAAGAAAAGACAAUAAAAGUCAAAGUAGAGCCAAAGAAACUCAAAAAGAAUCAUCGGAAAAUUGUGCCAAAGAAACUGUGAAAGGAUCAUCGGGAAGUCGUGUAAAAACAAUCAGUGAAAAUAAAUGUAAUGAAUCUCGUGUUGAAAAGAUCGGAAGUACGACAGCAUCUCAAGUUCUCGCGGAGGUUGGAUCAACGGUUUUAAUAAAUAAUCAAGUGUCAACGCAACAACAAAAAGAUCAACAAAAACAACAACAGGGUCAACAGGAACAAUUAGAAAAGGAAAAUCAAAGCAACUCAAAUGAAUCAAGUAACAAAACUGUUGAAAAAACUGAUGACAAUGAAGAAAAUAACAACAAACAAUUUGAAAUCGAAAUUAUAAUCAAAACAGAGCCGCCCGAUCAUGAUUCUGACACUGAAAAUGAAUAUGAGGCAAAUGAAGAUGUCAAUACUUUGAUCUCAACUUUAAAUAUGAUUCCAGGAACAAACAAGGAUUCAGAAGUAUUGAAAAUAAUUAAACAAGAACGCGAUGAUCCACAAGGCGAUAUCAUCGAAAAAGAAGACGAAAGACUCCAGAGUAUUAUACGAUGUCGAAAUAUUAAUGAUCUCAUAGCUUCUAGAUCUAUAGGAAGCAAUGGAUUGUUCGAAGAAAUAAAACAAGAAAAGGAGGACAAUCAACUGUCGGUUCUUAACUAUGAAGCUUCACCAUCAAGUCCAAAUGAUGUCGGCCUUAUUACGUUGGAGUCUGACAGUGACGGAGAUUCUGAAGAACAGGAAAUAAUUCCUUAUAAUCCAACUAUAUCUCAACCUCCGCCCGGCGAAGAAGACAAAAAAAUAUUGACAUUUUAUGUGCCUUAGGUUUAUUUGUAUUCUACUUACAAAACUAGAAGCUUUAAAAAUCAUCAAAAAUCGAAAUUCUUUAUAAACAACCAAAGAGAACAAACAAAAAUUAAGUUUACAAAUUUUUCAAUCACUCUUUUAAGAGUUGCUGUAAAAAAUGAAAAUAUCCACCAUGAGUCUGAAAAAAUUUAAUGAACAUUAACUGAUUAAAUAUAAGAUUUUACAUUCCUAAUUAAAAUAAGAUGAAUUAUAAAAAUAUGUAUAUAAAAAAUUAAAAUAAGAAAGUUUAUUUGAUUUGGAUUUGAAAUUCGAAGAAGAAGUUUAUGAUAUCAAAGACGUCUAAGAAAAAUAUCUUGAAGAACAAAAUUACGAACAGUAUUGUGCUAUGUGUCAGACAAAUGAAUUAAAAUUAUAUUUUUAAUGACUUUCAUAUAAUCACAAAAAUGGCAGAACAGAAAAUAAAAAAAAAUAUUCCAUUUACAUUAAAUCCUUAUUU